AUCAGCUUGAUGAUUCACUGAGAGCCGCCUGAUCCAACCUGAGGGGAACUGUGUCGCAGUGAGCGUAAUCUGAUAAGCGCUUCUAUAGAUCCAGGAUGACAUUAUUGGGGAGGAAAAGUAGGUGAGGAUUAUUAAACGAAGAUCACACUUGUCGGAACCGAUUCAGAUUUCCACGCGGAAGUGUUGCCAUCCCAAGUCCGGGUAAAUGAGGAGUACGUGCAGGGAAAGGCUGCUGCGCACUCGGGCGUCCCGUCCGUGAUGUUGCUCUGGAGCGGCUUGUGCGUGGCACCAUUUAAACAUCCUGGCCUGUAGGCCGGUGAUCUGUCUGCGGAGCAUAUUUUAUAGUGUGCGCUGGAUAUCAUGCAAUGUGGAGGGAACUGAUUUCGUGAGCUCAUACUGGCAAUGACAUCAGGUUUAACUCGGAUAACUCAGUGGUGUAUUGCAGCAAGGUGGACCGGGGCGUGAGGUGGCGAAGAGCCAUGCCUGCAUCCUCCGAACUGGAUAUUUUAAGAGGAUGAUCUGUGUCCAAAAAAAUAUCAAGGCAUUAGGCCAUACAUCCUGUGCAGGCGAACUGCGUCACUGCAAGUGUUGCAGGUAGACAGCAAACUCCCACCAGCUGGAGAGUAACGUGCUCGUCAUCCUCCCCUGCACGAUGUCACCGGUCAGUGUUUAACGAUUUAACAGGGAUGAAUUCGGAGGAGGAUUCAAGCAAAGAUCCGCCACUGGGAUCCACAUUUUCCUCGGCACCGAAUUUAGACGCGGAUAUUAAUGCAAAUGCCUGCAGGCCUGUGUAUGAGAACGGGACAGACCACAAUGUCAACAUACAAAACUCAGCCCUGCGUGGGGCGAGUGACCCCAGCGCUUACCCCUCCACAGAAUACCAGGGGCCGAUUCGUCGGAGGUUUGUCCGACGGAGUUUAUGGGUGUCAGACCACGAGGAGCAGCCGGUGGACACAUCGGAGUUUAUCAGCAGCACCCCGGUGCUCAACAUCGACCUACGGACCAUCGUUGAUCGGAGUCGGACCCGGGUUCUGCACGGAACCCGCCAACAGGAGACUUCAAGCACGGAGAGCCAGGUGGGUCUGAAAGACAGCGCCACAGAGAGCGCGAGCGCAGACAAGGAGAGGGGUGACAGGGACGAAACCGAGCCCAAGGCAGAGGUGGUGCCCUCCGAUGGCAUUGGUAAAGCAGGAAGUGACGAGAACGAAGAGGAGCCCGGGAUGAAGGCUGUUUCCACCUCACCUGGGGGGCGCUUCCUCAAGUUUGACAUUGAACUGGGGAGAGGGUCCUUCAAGACCGUCUACAAAGGUCUUGACACCGACACUUGGGUGGAAGUGGCAUGGUGUGAACUGCAGGAACGGAAGCUAUCCAAAGCUGAGAGGCAGAGGUUCAAGGAAGAGGCAGAGAUGCUAAAGGCUCUCCAGCACCCCAACAUUGUGCGAUUUUAUGACUUCUGGGAAUCACCUUUGAAAGGGAAAAAGUGCAUUGUUCUGGUGACAGAGUUAAUGACCUCAGGGACACUUAAAACGUAUCUGAAGCGCUUUAAGGUCAUGAAGCCCAAAGUUCUCAGGAGCUGGUGUAGACAGAUUCUUAAAGGCCUCCACUUUCUUCAUACAAGAACUCCUCCGAUCAUCCACAGAGACCUAAAGUGUGACAACAUCUUCAUCACUGGUCCUACAGGUUCUGUUAAAAUUGGAGACCUGGGCCUAGCAACACUGAAGAGGGCCUCUUUUGCUAAAAGUGUUAUUGGCACUCCAGAGUUCAUGGCACCAGAGAUGUAUGAAGAGCACUACGAUGAGGCUGUGGAUGUCUACGCCUUUGGGAUGUGUAUGUUAGAAAUGGCCACCUCGGAAUAUCCCUACGCAGAGUGUCAAAACGCUGCUCAGAUCUACCGCAAAGUCACCAGCGGUGUGAAACCUGCCAGCUACAGCAAAGUCAGUGACCCAGAAAUAAAGGAAAUAAUUGGGGAAUGUAUCUGUCAUAGGUGGGAAGAAAGGUACUCCAUUAAAGACCUCCUGAAUCAUGCCUACUUCGCAGAGGACACAGGUGUGAGGGUGGAGCUUAAUGAAGAGGAUGAUGGAAAAAAAUCAUCUAUUGCUCUAAAGCUGUGGGUUGAAGACCCUAAGAAGCUGAAGGGGAAAUACAAAGACACGGGUGCCAUUGAGUUUACUUUUGACUUGGUGAAUGAAGUUCCUGAAGUGGUUGCUCAAGAAAUGGUUGAAUCAGGAUUUUUCCUGGAGUGUGAUGUAAAGAUCGUUGGCAAGUCUAUCAGAGACCGUGUGGCUCUAAUCAAGUGGAGGAGGGAGCGGACUGUCUCCACAAAUGGAAACAGUGAUAUAGCUGUGAAGAAGAUGCAGCAGAACCUGCUGCAGGUGCCUGGUACCAGCAUACCCCAGGGAGCCACACUGGCCUCUACAGAUUAUGAGGACCAAGAAACUCUCAUCUGCACUGUGCCUGUCACCAUAUCUGCCACACCUGAUAGUGGUGUGAGCUCCACCAUGCAAUUAGAUGAUCUAAACAAUCAGCAGAAUGGCACCUACCAGUCGCUACCAGAGCCUGUUUCCACAGUUCAUAUGGUCUGCAGUCCUCCUGCACAGGCUGAGCCCCAUUUGCAGUCGGGAGCCUACCAGCAACGCAUAGCACAAGCCCCACAUGAAAACUACUCACAUGCAUCCACGCAGUUACACCAGGGAGCCUACCAGCAAACCACAGGUCAGCUGCAUCCUGGGGCCUUUCCACAGCCUGCAGUGCAACUGCACCAGGGGCCUUAUCAGUGUCCAACAGACCUGGCCUCUUCAGAUAACUCAGAAUGCCCAGUGCAUGCUGCAGACUACCUAUACGCAAAUGCUGCUCAGAAGCCAUCAUUAUCAUGUCCUUUCUUGCCUCCGCAUCAGCACUCUACUCAUGACUCAGCAAUUCAUUUUGAUUCACCUCACCUUCCUCUGAAAUUACAACCUCCCUCAGAGGUCCGUCUGAGUGUGCCACGCAGCCCACAGCCCCACCACCAUCGCUGUAAAGCUUGCAUGUCUCUCCUCCUCAAGGACAGGACAAAGGGUGGCGGAUCGCUGGGCCACAAACGCACUUUCUCUACAUCCACCCAAACUUCUCCAAGCUUACCCACAUCUCCUUAUCUGCCAAGGUCUUCUCCAGCCACUCUGCCUUCUGUUCUGGCCUCAUCUUCUACCCCAUCACCAAACAGUCAGCCACCCACGGUGACAUCACCUUCCCACUUUUCUUCACCCUCACAAGGGGUGUUUCCACGGAGUUUGUAUGAAGGUGGAGAUCUCAGCCUUCUCAACUACUGCCUCCAUCACAUUGUCAGUCGCAGGACCAGCUCCCCCACCCUUUCUGAUAGGGGAUGUGUCAAUCAUCUAAGGCACAGCCCUGGAGAAAUUAGAGGUACUACUUCUUCUCUAACUGAGCCUUUAGACAAGAGUCUGACCCUGGAUGCUCCUUUCUGGUGCACCCCAAGUCUGGACCGGAAUCUGCUGUUAUCACCACUCAACAAGGAAAGCAGACCAGAUUUACUGACAUUUUCUGCUCCAGCAACACCAGGCCCUUCUGUGCGUCCAAGUAAACAGACAGCACAGAGCUUCCCAGCUGUAGCCCCAACUCUACAGACACAGCUUACUGCUCAGCCCAGCCAGGAGCAGCACCAGUUCCCACCAUCUGCCAUGCCUCUUCAGCUGUUUUCUGCUGACCAGCCUGUGUCACACCUGAGUCCUCCUGAUACCUCUGCUAGCUUUACACAGUCAGUCUCUGGUGCUCCUCCCCAGCUCCUGCCCCUGCAGAUCAGCACACAGUUUCCCUCACCAUAUCCUGUAGUUCAAACAGGGAGCCACAUGCCCCCUAAAUUUUCCCCAACUCCUCUGCCGUCUGUCUACAGCAGCAGUGAGACUCCCAUGUCUAGCUCCUACUACUCACCUUUACCACACCUUCCCUCCCUUCCUCUCACCCCUCAUGUUAUCCUGCCAUCUGUACCUACUCUUGGCACCCCUCAGACUCCUCUCUCCACACCUCAGCAUGUGCCCAGUAUGACACUCCCUGUUCCAGUUCUUACUAUGGCCAUAUCCCCUGCAGUGCCACAGCAGCAGGGAGUCCUUCUCACAUCUCAGCCAAACCUUGGUAGCUUCCAUUCCACCCAUUCCUUGCCUCUCUCUCAGGUGCAACCCACCCCAUUCCCCGCCCCCAAUCCUGAGCAGGAAUUGGCUGAACAGCCUGUCCAGGUGAUUGCUCCACAUGGGAAUCUGGGAGAUGUUCACCUUUUGGCUACAGCUCCACCUGUUUUGCUUGCUGGUCAGAUGCCACUCUGGGGAAGCAGAGCAGAUACAGAAUCUACUGUAGUUGGCCUUGACAUAUCUGUUGAUCCUACAAUUUCACCGCCAGCUCCAGUCCCAGCCCCAGCCUCAAUAUCAGUUUCAGCCACAGUCCAAGCUGACACUCAAGCCCCAGCGCAGACUCCAAGUUUGGUGCAAGCACAAAAUCAACCUCCUGCCUCUGUAUCUGUUCAAACUACAACUAUGCCUCAGGCACCAGCCUCAACACUUCUUAAAGCCCCAACUUCAAUCCCAAUGCAAGCUUCAACAACAGUGCAAACUACAAGCUCAGCCCCGGUUCAUGCACCAGUACCUGCAUCAGGUCUUAUUGUAGAACUAACAAUGGUGUCUUCUGUAAGCUCAAAUGCAUCCUCUGCCCCAGGCCCAGUACCUCUCACCCUGCCAGCCACAGUUCAGUGUGCAGCUCCUGUCACAGCUUCAGCAACCGCUCCUGUUCUGCAGCCCGCUGGCAUCCAGACAACAGGCUCAGUGCCUGAGUGUGCCAACCUGGCUACAACUCAUCAAAACCUAGAGACAACAUCGGCCCUUAGCACCCUUCAAAAAGAGCCCUGUGUAGAGGAUGUGCUUCAUGAUAAAUCGUUAUCAUUAUCCAGUUUUGCCUAUGACAGUGUCAGCUCUGAUGUAGCAUCUGGGAAGGAAGCAAGUGAUGGCUAUGAAAGCUUUGCUAGUGGGAGCAAGGUGGAUGGAAAACACAGGAAACACCACCGCAAGUCUGCCCGGAUGCGUUCCAGGCAAGAAAAGAUCAGCAAGCCCAAGCUGAGCAUGCUCAAUGUUUGUAACACUGGUGAUAAAAUGGUCGAAUGCCAGGUGGAAACUCACAACCACAAAAUGGUGACAUUUAAAUUUGAUCUAGAUGGAGAUGCUCCAGAGGAGAUAGCCACUUAUAUGGUAGAGAAUGGUUUCAUCUUACUGUUAGAAAAAGAGAUCUUCAUUGACCAGCUGAAAGACAUUAUGGACAAAGCUGAAGACAUACUGAAUGAAGACAUAGAGGGUGAAAGGCACACAACUUUGAGUUGUAGUCCUCUACAAACCCAGAUAUCUGAGGGGCUAGUUGGAGAGACUCAGCAGCCUGGAGCACCUCAGCCUGUUUAUCAGCAAAAUGUUCUUCAUACAGGAAAGAGAUGGUUCAUAAUCUGCCCUGUGGAAGAGACACCCACAUCCAGUCAGGAGACACCAUCUGAUGGGACAGCUACGCAGUCACCUGGGAGCUCAGCCACUACCCAGCCUGCUGACAGCGUCACUGCAAGGCCCUCUAGAGAAGAGGGAUCAUCCUCUACAAUGUCUGGUGGAAGUGGAGGAUUCUAUGACGUUUAUGGAUUUUGUAGUCCUCCGAUAACAUCCAACACAGACCCACUCCUGUUGGCUACUCUUUCACCUCCUGUGUCUGCACCCCCGACUCUCCAGUCAGUGUCAUCAGUGGAGCCUGCAGGCAGCUCAAUGCAGCAUAGUGUGCACCAAGCUCAGCCAGCCAGAGCUCAUGCACUGCCCCCAUCAUCCCCACAUACAUCUUUCCCAGUGGAAGAUUCACAGGGAUCCCCUCUGGGCUCCAUCUCUCCUAUCCAUGCAGCCCAGCAGAUGCCUGAUUUGACACGUCCUGUUUCUAUUGCUGAUGAGGUGCCCUGCUGUCCUCUGGUCAUGCCCCUGUCCUUGGAUGUGAGCACUUCACAAGCUGGGUCUCCUCUCACUCCUCUUCCCCUCCAGGAGCCGGGCUCAGCCAAAGAGCCACCGUCUGUCUCCUAUGCGCCGGCAGCUCGCAGCGAGUGGCCGCAGCAGCCUGUGGUGCUCCAUCAGCCUUUUUCCAGUGUGGGAGGGGCCAAAGUGUCCUCACUACCCCAGAGCCCAGCGCCAUCCCAACAUGGUGUAGGGCCCAGUGAGUCUGAUGGUGAAGGACGGCUGGGCCGGGGAGGCUUUGUUGACAGCACUAUUAAAACUCUGGAUGAAAAACUAAGGAAUUUACUCUACCAGGAAUAUGCUCCCAUGUAUCCAUCAGGUAGUGCCGCAGAGACACCAGGAUCUGGCACAGAGUACAUCCAAUCUCCUCCUGGCCCAGACAGUGCCACGGGAGGGUCAGGAAACAGCACACCAGGGCCCAUAGGAGAGGGGCGCUACAGGACAGGAGAACAGCUGCCUCAAAUCCCUGAGAGAAUGGACAGUUUAAGUACACUGAGUGACUCAGCCGUAUGUGCUUCCUUCUCAAGAAGAAACUUUCCUCACUCUACAUCCUACUCUGGAACGAGAGGUCGAUUUAAGAUCAUGUCUGUUCCUCCUGAAGUGGCCAACAGACAAGAUGUGAAGCAAAGAAGUUGGAGCAGCGCCGCCUCACCUGCACAUCCUGUGGAAUACAAUGAAGACCAUACUCAGGUGGAAGCCAUGACUACCCCUACCACAAUUGGCCGUUUCUCUGUGGUGAGCACUGAAGAUGACAUCACACAGAGGACCCGUUGCAGCCGCUACUCUGCCCCACCUGAUUUCUACCUGGACACACCUCCUUCCAUGGCAAAGCGGGGAUCGCUGCCUCGCGCCCUGACCUCAAACUCUGUCCCUGUGGAUGUUACGGUCCAUGCUCGCUUCCUCUCUUCAGACUCUGGAGCAGAGAGCAGCCCUGCAAAGCUGGCUCCUGCCACACCAUCCAAACACCAUCACUCUGAGCGCAGAGGAAGUGAUCUCAUGAAGAGAGCAGUGGCCUUUCUCCGUCGCACUGGUCGCAGCAGCAGUGUACAGAGCUCUGACUCACCAAGUAGGCAUGGAGGCGUGCACGGCUCAGCCUAUGCCAGCAGCGACAAUGACUCAGAGAUGGAGGACUCUGACAUACAAAGGGAACUACAGAGACUCAGGGAGAAACAUUUGAGGGAGAUCUCAGAGCUGCAGGCCCACCAGCGAGGGGAAGUGGAGCUGCUGUACCGCAGACUUGGCAAGGCUCCUCCUCCAGGCCUUGGUCUCUCACAUGUUGCACCACACACAAGUCGUAGAAAGAGGUCCAGCAAGCAUAGACUGAAACCAGGAAAACUUCUCAGCCCUCUAGUUCAACAGUUUAGAAACGUCACAACAAAAACCAAUGAUUCCAGUAGAGCCAGUGCUGCUGCAGCUGCAGGUGAGCCCACAGUGAGUUUGAAUGGUUCUCCAGGCAAAACUUCUUUCCCCACUCACAGCAGGGCACGGUCAUGCACCAGCCACCUCCCCAGCUCAACCUCAGAGCCUGUGCAGACUCAGCAGCCCUGUUCUCUCAAAGGGUCUUUGUCUUCUGAUAAUAUUUACGCCGGACUACAUGGAGAUGGCACUGGCACACAAGUUCCCCCUGGACAAGGCUGGUCUAAUUACCCUCAACCAUCUGAGAGAGUGACCUAUAAAUCCAGUAGCAAGCCUCGAGCUAGAUUUCUCAGUGGGCCUGUGUCUUUAUCUAUCUGGUCAACCCUGAAGCGUUUAUGUCUUGGUAAAGAGCGAGGCAGCAGAUCUGGAGCUUCAGCAUCAGGAGGUGUCAAUCAGUCGCAGCAAAUACAGAGUGGUGUCACACCUCCUCCUCAUCAGCCUGUGAUGGGCUUGGCUCAAGCUCAGGCUAAUAAUAGCAACAACAAGUCGGGCACAUACAGUGGCACUUCCAUGAAUGCUAAUGAGAACAACCUGCCUGAAGACUUUCAACGUCUGAUGGACGACUGGGCCCAGGAGGUUUUAAUUGUCGCCCACCGGCCUCGUACCAACACCGCAUCAUCAUGGACAGCCCCAAGUUCAGAAACUCACACUCGGCCCCCAUCAUGGCCUGACAGUCUUGGGUCAACAGUGAUGACCAGCCCAUCUCCAAUUACCCAUCACAUUUAUCCUCUCCACUCUCCUGCUCCGUUCAGAGCCUUGUCCUCUCCUCUUUCUUUUAACCAGUGGCCUGGGUUUAUUUUCCCUGUCCCUUCAGGAGUCUUUGCCUUUCCUCAUGUGCCCCCAGCCCAGGAUGCCAACAACCCAAAUCCAGCAUCAUCACAUCAGCUGACCGACCCUAAAACAAGGACUCUCUAAUCUGAGUAGAACUGUGUCUUCCAACUAUUACCAAAAAAAUACCCCACUGUAGUUCUAGUCAAUCUUAUGUGCAUAACCUACAUUGUAUAUAUUUAACCAGCAUGUAUGUAACUACUUGUACAUACUCCUCUCCAUUCUUGAGUUUUAUGCUGUUUGUUUAAUUUGUGUUGACAUACCUCAUUUCCAUAUUAUAGUAUAUAAUCCUUUAGUUCAAUCUUGGAAGGAGGACUGUUAAAGGUGUAUAUUAAGUCCAAUCAGGAUAGAGAGUAGAUACUUGCCAUCAUUUAUGGAUGUGCAUUACCAUUCACUGAAUGUACAUAAUGUACUGUUAAUUUAUUUUAUGUUUGUAUAAAUAGUUGAUGUUUGUGUUGCUCAUGUCACCCCUAUAUAUAAGCUGCCGUAUGUAUAUAUGACAUCUUGUUAUUCUGUACAUAGCCCCUGUGUUUGUGCAGCCAACAUUAGAUAAUCCAUAGAUUGGUGCUGCAGCAAUGUGUCUUAAUGCAACAUCAUAUUAGCCAUGCCAUCACUGUGAAGACUUGACCUUCUGGUCAUUAGGACCUGUUGCUUUCUCAGCUCUCUCAGCUCAGUCUAAGGACAGGUUUCAUUCUUCAUCUAUUAAAUGCUUCCAGCACAAGCGCUUGAAAUAUCCUUAAGAGAUUUGAAUGAACUUGAAUUUAAUCCUCAGGUGCAAAAUCACCUGUGAGAGUGCCUUGAAUCGCAGUUGCAGUUUUCUGAAGAAAAGCAUUUAGACUCAAAGCAGAAAACAGAUAUUCUACACAUAAAUGGCUUAUUUGUUUUUAACAAUGAAUGUGAAUUGGCACAUAAUUCAUUUAGUAGCGAAGCGUAACUAGACACAAAAGUAAGAAAUUAUUUAAAAAACACUAUCCAAAAAUGAAUUGGGUGUUACACUUAUUGUAUGCUUUUCCUUGCUCACUAAGGCUAUAUUGAUCGUGCCACCACCUGCACCACUGCCUGCAUAAAUACACUGAUAUUCUGAAUGUUCACAGGUUGAUGUGGUGAGCCACAGGGGGAUGUUUGCAUAGAAACCACAUUACAAGGGGGCUGAAGGACUCAACACACGGGUUAAGGUCAUAAUCGUCCCAUACCUCUUCUAAUGCAAGCUGUAGCUUUACAAAUUGUUGCCUUUGUGGAUUUUGAGUAAAUAUUGGGAAUGUUGUUUGAUAAAUGUUGAUAGUAAGAUGGUGAUGAUAAGAAUGUUCGGGACGUGUCUCUGAGAAGCCACAUCUGCUUGACAUGUUGUUUGUAGUAAUAUUGUAGGUUUUUCAAAUUAGUUUUAUUAGAUUAUGGACACACAAAGUCUUUGGGCUCAUGUUUCCAGUUUCAUGGCUAUUUACAGCGUCAAGAAAAACUGUCCAUUAAAUUCUCUCUAAUUUAUAUAAUGAGCACAGAAAAGUUUGCAAGAAGGAUUUGAUAUGUUCUUGUAUUCAGAAUAAAACCAGGCUAUUCUAUGGUUAAAUCAGCAGUUUGGUAUUUCAGUUUAUUUGAUUGUGGGAGCCACAGGACAAAGAAUCAUUAUCCUAAUUUAACAGAGUUUGGCUCCAAAAAUGGUGGAAGCUAAAUUUGUCAUGACCAGAAUAAUUUUUUUUCUUCUUCUUCUUUUUUAGUCUGAAGUUCUUUCCACAGCCAGUCAGGAUAUUGUUCAAUAGUCUUCACAGACUAAAUUGUACUCCUUCAGUAAAUAAAACGUAUCCAGUUUAAAA